GAAAAUGGCUAUAAAAGCAUCUCUUACACACUUCUUUUACUUGAAACAUCCACUCUCUAAACUCUUCCCCUCUCUGUUUCUCUCUGCUCUAACUUCAAGCUCUCUCCCAUGGCUUCCUCUCUGUUUUUAGCACUAUGUGUUUCUCUUCUACUCCUUGGUUUUGCUUCUUCUGCUAAAUUUGAUGAGCUUUUUCAGCCAACUUGGGCGUUAGAUCACUUCAAUUACAAUGGAGAUGUCCUCCAACUUAAACUUGACAAUUACUCUGGAGCUGGGUUUUCAUCCAAAUCAAAAUACAUGUUUGGGAAAGUGACCAUUCAAAUUAAGCUUAUUGCUGGAGACUCUGCUGGAACUGUAACAGCAUAUUAUAUGUCAUCGGACGGUCCAAAUCAUAAUGAGUUUGAUUUUGAGUUUCUGGGUAAUACAAGUGGAGAGCCAUAUUCAGUACAAACUAACAUUUAUGUGAAUGGAGUUGGGAAUAGAGAGCAAAGAUUGAAGCUUUGGUUUGAUCCAACUGCAGAUUUUCAUUCUUAUUCCAUCUUUUGGAACCGUCGCCAAGUCAUAUUCCUUGUAGAUGAAACGCCUGUGCGAGUCCACACGAACAUGGAGGACAAGGGUGUACCAUUUCCUCGAGACCAAUCCAUGGGAGUUUACAGCUCAAUUUGGAAUGCUGAUGAUUGGGCCACACAAGGUGGUCGAGUUAAGACUGAUUGGUCCCACUCUCCUUUCGUUGCUUCUUACAAAGGGUUUCAAAUCGAUGCAUGUGAGUGUCCUUCCGCAACUGGUGAUGCCAACAACACUGCAUGUUGCAACGGUAGUGCCGACGAUGGUAAGAAGUUUUGGUGGGAUGAGCCGGUGCUUUCCGAGUUGAAUGUGCAUCAAAGCCAUCAGUUGCUUUGGGUUCGAGCCAACCAUAUGAUUUAUGAUUAUUGUACUGAUACUGCGAGAUUUGCAGUUACACCUGUUGAAUGCAUUCACCAUCGCCACUAGCGUUGGUGGCAUUGGCGGUGGCGAUGGUGGUGGUCAAGGGUUGGGAUUUUCGGAUUUUCGUCGUCCGCUGCCAAUGGUGUCUUAUCUAUGUAAAAUAAUAAUAUCAUUUUUUUUUUCUUUUUUGUCUUAUUGGGUUCUAUCUUAA